GAAUGUCAAGGAUAUUUUUUAGUUUCUUCUUCUAUUGAUGUAUUAUUUAUGGCCAUUAAGAAAAUUCCCACAAAAAUAUCAACAUCAGAAAUUUUAAUUAUAAUAAACGACCGAGUCGAUAAUAAUUCAUCCGAAUUAUUAAACGUAACCCUUUAUAAGCAUUCAAACGUUAAUAUAAUUUCAAAAUCAUACGUGUGGUCCUUGUCUGAAAAUUAUUUAUUUCCUCGUCACUUUAAACGCGUCUCCAGGAUCGAAGAAAUAAGACAUCAAAGUGGUAUCGUUGAUUUACAAGGCCGCGAAUUACAAGUCGCGGCAUAUUAUAAUCCGCCUCUAUGUUAUCUUCAUUCGACAGUAAAUAAAACAGUUGAUGGAAUUGAAGGAGAAUUUUUUACUGCACAAGAUAGUAUUUUAGAAAAUGAAGUCGAUGGUGUUGAAACAAAAUUAUUUAUCAUUAUCGCUGAAAGAUUAAAUUUUAAAUGGCUUAUACGUAAACCUAAUGGUCAUUACAGAUAUGGAAGACCAAAUGGAACAGAUUGGAACGGAGGAAUGAUUGGUCAACUAUUUCGUAACGAAAUAGAUAUCGCAUUCAGUGGAGUUUGGUUAAAACACGACCAUUAUCGUUACGUUAAUUUAACAAAACCAUGGUACCAAUUAUUUAUAAAUUUUUUGGUUCCUCGACCAAAACCAGAAUCAAGUUUUUGGGCGCUGCUUCGUCCAUUGUCUCUGGGAGUCUGGAUGGGGAUUUUAGGAAUUAUAUUUCUUCAAAGUCUCUAUGUGUACAUCAAAGCCUGGAUAAAUCCUAACAUGGAACCGCGAUACAGAAGUUAUAUUACUACUUUAAUUGAAUUAAUCGCUCGGCUAGUGGGUACUUGGGCGCCACAAAGAAUCAAUGGAUUAAAAAUUCAAACUCAAUUGUGGCAUAUGGCGGGUGUGCUUGUCGUUACUGCUUAUUCUAGUAGUUUAGCUGCCAGAUUAACAUUUCCUGAGUAUGAAGAUCGAAUCGAUAGACUGGAUCAGUUUAUUGAAAAAAAUCUUACAUGGGGUAGAGAAGGUCCUGUGCCAAAAUUUGACGAUUAUUUUAAUUUAAAUGAUAAAUAUGCAAGUAAAUUUCCGGAUAAAUUUAAAUCAGAAUUUUCACAACAAGAGCGUCAUGAAAAAAUAAAACAAGGAAAUUAUGCAAUAGUCGGACGUAUGAUCGACUCGAUAUUUUUUCCAGAAAAUAACAUCAGCAGCUCUGACCUCAGGAAUUACAGAGUAAUGAAAGAAUCAGUAAGUGAUUAUUAUGUUACAUUUGCAGUAAAACCUUGGCUCGUUAAAUCAUUUGACAAAGUGAUUUUGUGGUUAAAAGAAACAGGACUCUCUGCUUAUCAUCUACAAGAUGUUAUUUAUAGGCGAACACCUCUACAUCUACGAGAAGUAUUAAUUGAACAUGACAUUGAAACCCAAGAAGCUAAAGCUUUACGUCUACUUCCUCUGAGCGCCGGAUUCGCAUUUUUAUUUUUGGGUCUUUUUAUUUCGUUUGUUGUAUUUUGUUUUGAACUAAAAUCAUUUUAUCGCGGUUCUUUGUCAAUGGCAAUUAUAAACAUCAAGUCAACAAAAAAACCGCUUAAAAAAAUGAAGAAAUUUUUUAAGCGCCUGAAGUUAAAACGAUUGAGAUCUGGACAAACAUAAAUGUCUAAAGUUUUAUUGAGAUUUUUAUUCAA